CCGUCAAUCAUUAGCUAGGGAACGGUGGCAACGCAAACAACGCACUCAACGGCGGCCGAAAACUGACGACGGCAAUUCGAAAAGUCCAAAAAAAAAAAGAUCGGCGCAAGCGUUGAGAGCAAUUCUCUUCCUUCUGGGACCCACUUAAUCGGUAUCGGUGAAUUUACAGUGAAGUGUGGACGAACCACGAAUUAAAAUACAAAACUCCAUCAAAGAAAAUAACUAAUAUAGUGAUUGUGUUCGGUGUGUGACUUAGUGCGUGAUCCAAACAUUUUAGCAAAUUAAUUCUCAUCUGAAUUAUUCAAAGGAUUACAAGAAGUAGCGUCACCGGUGCGAACCGGAACACACAUUUUUGGAAUUAUUUGACAUGACCACAUCGCAUAUCCUGUCCGCCGUGGAUCCCACAACCGGCCUUAAUGGAAAUGUGGCAGCCGGUGGUAACGGUGGCGCUGGCGGCGACUCCCCCUCUCCACAUCACGCAGCCCACAAUGGGCAUGGGCACGGACAUGGACUGGGUGUUGUCGGUGGUGCUGUUGCAUUGGGCUCAGCGGGUGGAGGCGGCGGUCAUCGCAUUGUCGGCGGCGCUGGCAGUCCCAAUGAACUGGAUCGCAAUCUGCGCGUCUCGCUUGAUGACCGAGAGCUGUGGCUACGCUUUCAGAAUCUUACCAACGAGAUGAUCGUCACCAAGAACGGCAGGAGAAUGUUUCCGGUUGUGAAAAUCAGCGCCUCCGGCUUGGAUCCGGCUGCCAUGUAUACGGUUUUACUGGAAUUCGUGCAGGUCGACACCCAUCGCUGGAAGUACGUCAAUGGCGAAUGGGUACCCGGUGGAAAGGCGGAGGUCCCACCCUCGAAUCCCAUAUAUGUACAUCCCGAGUCACCUAAUUUCGGAGCCCAUUGGAUGAAGGAGCCGAUUUCCUUUGCCAAAGUCAAGUUGACAAACAAAACCAACGGCAACGGACAGAUAAUGCUGAACUCAUUGCACAAGUACGAGCCCCGGGUUCACCUGGUUCGAGUGGGCUCCGAGCAGCGUCACGUGGUCACCUACCCGUUUCCAGAGACUCAGUUCAUUGCGGUGACUGCAUACCAAAACGAGGAGGUCACUUCACUAAAAAUCAAGUACAAUCCGUUCGCGAAGGCCUUUCUAGAUGCUAAGGAGCGUCCAGACACGCUCUACCCGCACGACACCCACUACGGAUGGCUUAUACCUCCGCCCACCCACUACGCGAGUGCUGCUGCAGUUCAAGCACCGCCACCACCGCUUCCCAUGGCACAGACGCAUGCCCUAGUGGCAACUUCUUCAGCCGCCUCCUCGGCUUCCGUGUCGGCCAGCUGCGAUCGCUAUGGUCGCGCUCUGUCCACACGCAGCUCAGCGCCAAAUCGCACGACGCCCUACAGUAGGCCUCGCGUUGUCUCGGGCUCCGGUUCCAAUGGCAGCGCGGGCAAUGCCUCCUCUUCCUCGCCGCAGCCUCCGUCUGCGCCUCAGACACCAACCAGUCUGCAAUCGUCAAUCGGCUCGGUCAGCACCAGCACCGGUACAAACACAAGCGCCAAUGUUGGUAGCAGUGGAGCCAGUGGCUGUUUCACCAGUUCCUACUCGCAGUCGGGCUUUGUGCCAGUGGAAGCAAGCUCAACAGCAUCGGUAUUCUCAUAUCCUAGUAGCUGGCAGGGCAACAGCAAUUACUGGAGUCCGACGAGUGUGCCCGGUCCCAUGCCCAUGAACGUGUGCAGCAGCCGCAACAUAUCAACGCAUAAUUCACCCUCGCCCACGAAUGGUUCGCCAAGCUACACGACACCAUCGCCUGGCUAUACUAUACACCACCUGACGCCGCAUAGCCACCAGUACAACAUGGCCCAGACGGAUCUCUAUGCGAGUGGAGCGGCUUCGUCGAACUCUCCGCAAACCUAUGGAGCACCCACACACCAGGUGUAUCAUCCGACACCAACCUCUCCCACCCACCAGCUGUACACAAACGUGCUAAACGCGCCCUCUGCGCUGAGCUAUCCGGCUAGCGGCUGGCACAACAGCUCCGGCGCCGAGUACGGACUCUACCAAAACGCGGCUGCGGCCUAUUACCAGCCGGAGUAUAUACCACUAGAGAUAGGCUAUGCCACCCAUCCGCUGGAGCCCGUAGACGUUACGAAGACGCUUGAUGAAGCACAGUCCGCCAUGUACAAGCCAACCGAAGAGCAGAGCUCCGUCAUCACUCUGGAGUGCGCCAGUGCCAGUGCCAGUCUGAAAACCGCCCACAAUCACAACGACAUCAAGCUAGAAUCCCUAGAGCACAACAUGGAUCGGAACGCUGUUCCAACCGCAACUGUGCCCAGCGCUGUGCCUACGGGAAUGCCCACAUCCGUGGUCACCGCUGUAAGUGCUGACACUUGGACACCGCUUACACCACCUCAAAGCACUCUGCAGUGAUGGUCAGCUACUUAGUUAAAAGAACAAAAUAAAAAACAAAUUAAAGAACAUACAGCCAUCGCACCGCCCCAGCCUUUAGACGCAUGUCUCCUAAGUUAAUUGGAUGAAUCGAAUAAUUGAGUUACAUUUUAAGACCUUCACUAGUACCACAGCAUGCAAAGUACACUGUAGCAAAUAUUUUCCUAAACUAUUAUAUAUAUAUAUACAUAUACAUACUUAUAAAGUGGCUUUCUAUAAAGUUUCUAUUGUAUUACAUUAAAAUAUGCCUGCUAUUAUCAAAGUCUAUAAUUAAAUUCAAGCACAUCAUCUAGAAUUCGUUAAA